ACCGUCGCCUGCCACGCGCCUGGCACAGAAUGGGGAGGCGCUCCUGCUACCGGCGGCGGUGGCGGUGGCGCUUGCCGGUGGCAGCAAGUCUGGGUGCUGCGCUCCUCCUCCUGUGCAUUGCGCUGCGCGCCCUGCGCCCUGCACUUGAAAACAAAUCCCUGGGCUCCAGCUGGUUUGGAGGGGCGAGGAAGAGUCCCUUACAGAUGUUGCAUGACCUGGAUCAGGCUCCACGUUCUGCGAUGGCUGAGGUGCACCACCAGCGGCGAGAGCAGUUACGCCGGGCCUGCAGCCGCCACACACGACGACGACAACGCCUGCUGCAGCCGGAGGACCUGCGGCACGUGCUGGUUGACGAUGCGCACCGGCUGCUGUACUGCUACGUGCCCAAGGUGGCCUGCACCAACUGGAAGCGCGUGCUGCUGGCGCUGCGCGGCCGUGGGGAGCCGGGCGCGAUUCCUGCACACGAGGCGCAUGCGCCUGGCCUGCUGCCUUCCCUGGCCGACUUUGCGCCAUCUGAGGUCAACCAGCGGCUGCGCGACUACCUGGCCUUUCUUUUUGUGCGCGAGCCCUUCGAGCGCCUGGCCUCGGCCUACCACAACAAGCUGGUGCAGCCGCACAGUGCGGCCUUCCAGCGGCGCUAUGGCACGCGCAUUGUGCGCCGCCUUCGACCACACGCGCAGCCCGAUGCGCUGGCCCGCGGCCACGACGUGCGCUUCGCCGAGUUCCUGGCCUACCUGCUCGACCCACGCACGCGCCGGCACGAGCCUUUCAACGAACACUGGGAGCGUGCGCAUGCGCUUUGCCACCCGUGCCUAGUGCGCUAUGACGUGUUGGGCAAGUUCGAGACGCUAGCGGAGGAUGCAGCCUUCUUGCUGGACCUGGUGGGCGAGCCUGGCCUGCGCUUCCCUGCUCCGCCGCGGAGGAAGAAGAAGGAUCCCACGCAUGAUCAGGCUCGGCGCCUUUUCCAGGACAUUAGCCCCUUCUAUCAGCGCCGCCUUUAUGACCUCUAUAAGAUGGACUUUCUGCUCUUCAACUACUCCGCCCCCUCCUACCUGCGGCUGCGGUAGGGGCGGUAGGUGCGAUAGGGCUUGUGGCUGCUGUGACCAGGAGGUCUGCAGUGAACCUGUUAGUGUGGAUUGGAGACCCAUUGGGUUACCAUACCCAGUGGGCCUGACCAAGAGCCUGUACACAGGCUGCGCUCGUACUGGCUGGGUCGGGUACAGCUUGCCUCAGGGGCCCACACACUUGGCCGCUUCUGCCUUUGGUUUGUUUCUUUCUCCUGCUGCAGAUGGCAGGCUUCUCCUUGGACCCCAGGUUUUUGUUGUUAUUGUUGGGUUUUUUGGUUUGGUUUGGUUGUGAAAGGCCAUUUCUCAGUCAUGUCUGUGCAGAGCUUGUCCAUGGUUGUUACAAGACAGAAUGCCAGGGUUUGAUACAGUGGUGUGAGGUCUAGCCUGGCGCCUACCUUUCUUCCUUCAGGCUGUCAAGGGCAGAUGGAGGCAGAGAGAAGCUAUGCAGGCUCAGCUCUGGCGGAGUAUGGCCAUCCCUGUCAGCAGGCACUGCUUAGGUGUCAAUAUGAGCUGCCUGCAAUCCCAGCAGUCACAGGAUGGUAGAGCAGUACCACUCCACCUCACCCUUGCCUGGUUGGCUUACCUUUGAUCUCAGUUUUGCAAGAGGCUGGGUCUUCCUGUGUCAACAGAGGUCAGGAUGCAACAUAGCAGUUUUUCCAGCACCCUGAGGAGCUGGGCCAGUCAUGUUUUUGUUUUUAAUAAAUAUGUUUUGUUACAUUUUCA